AUGGCUCCCGUAGCAAAGAAAGGUGCCGCCGCCAAGGGUGGUAACAAGAAGGCCAAUGCCGCUGCUAAGGCUACCUUGAAGGGUGUUCACUCCCACAAGGUCCGCAAGGUCCGUCUCUCGACCACCUUCCACAGACCUAAGACCCUCCAACUCUCCCGUGCACCAAAGUACCCACGUACUUCCAUCGUUUCCCAACCCCGUCUCGAUGAGCACAAGGUCAUCAUCCACCCAUUGAACACCGAGAGCGCCAUGAAGAAGAUCGAGGAGAACAACACCCUUGUCUUCAUUGUCGACAUCAAGGCCAACAAGGCUCAAAUCAAGGAGGCCUUGAAGAAGCUUUACGAUAUUGACACCGUCAAGAUCAACACCCUCAUUAGACCUGAUGGAUCCAAGAAGGCCUUCGCCCGUCUUACUGCUGAUGUUGAUGCCCUUGACAUUGCUGCCACCAAGCUCGCCAUUGUCUAA